AUGCCUGCAGACCUUCAGGCGAAGAUUUUCGACGCCACGGAUGAUGGACGUCGGAAAGUUAUUGUUGCGACAAACAUUGCAGAGACCUCGCUUACGGUUGAUGGUAUUUUGUAUGUCGUUGACGCUGGAUAUUGCAAGCUCAAAGUGUACAAUUCGAAAGUCGGGAUGGACGCGCUGCAAAUCACACCUAUCAGCCAGGCUAACGCGAAUCAGCGUACGGGACGAGCAGGUCGUACGGGCAGCGGCUUCUGUUAUCGGUUGUAUACCGAGAUGGCGUAUCGAAAUGAGAUGUUCGCGAACACGAUCCCUGAGAUCCAAAGAACGAACUUGGCGAAUAUCGUGCUGCUGCUCAAGUCACUCGGAGUGAAGAACCUGCUUGAAUUCGACUUUAUGGACCCACCUCCGCAAGCGAAUAUCCUCAACUCUAUGUAUCAGCUGUGGGUACUAGGUGCGCUUGACAACGCGGGUGACUUGACGCCUGUUGGGCGGAAGAUGAGCGAGUUCCCGAUGGAGCCUAGUAUGGCGAAGAUGUUGAUUGCGAGUGUGGAGGAUGGGUGUUCGGCGGAGAUGUUGACGAUUGUGAGUAUGCUUAGUGUGCCGAGUGUGUUUUACCGACCGAAGGAGCGGAUGGAAGAGGCGGAUGCGGCGAGGGAGAAGUUUGCUGUGCCGGAGAGCGACCAUCUUACGCUUCUGAACGUUUAUGGGCAGUGGAAGAGUCAUGGGUACCGAGACGACUGGGCGAUGCGACAUUUCUUACAUCCCAAGCUUCUGCGGAAGGCACGCGAAGUGCGAGCACAGCUUGAGGAUAUCAUGAAUAUGCAGAAGAUGAAGCUUGUUUCCGCCGGAACGGACUUUGACGUUGUUCGAAAGGCUAUCACUGCGGGGUACUUCCAUCAAGCUGCACGGGUGAAGGGUAUCGGGGAGUUUGUGAACAUCCGGACGGGGUUGCCUACGCACCUUCAUCCUACGAGUGCGCUUUAUGGACUUGGAUACACGCCUACGUAUGUUGUAUACCACGAGCUGAUCCUGACGUCGAAGGAGUACAUGACGCAGGUGACGGCAGUGGACGCGUACUGGCUCGCGGAACUCGGGUCAGUGUUCUACUCCGUGAAAGAAAAGAAUUUCGACAACCGGGGAGUGCGACGGAAGGCAGACCGGGAGUUCUCGAAGCGUGCUGAGCUGGAGUUGGCGAUGGCCCAACAGCGGGAGGAGAGCCAGCGGAAGGCAGAGCAGGAAGCGCUCGCUGCGAAGACGGCAACGCGAUCGACGUCGAACAUUGUUGUGCCUGGCACUCCCAGAACAGGUGGCUUCGGUGCGCGUGCCGGUCAGACUCCCCGGAGGCGGGUCGGUCUCUGA